AUGCGUCCGUUCACGACAAUAGACGGUUCUGAUUGGUUCAAAAGUCGAUUUGUGAGGGAAGGAAAGAGACAAAUCGGGGUUCUGGAGAGCUUGAAAGCUAUCGCGACGUCAUCGUGGUUGAAUCUUUUCUACAUCUUCAUCCCAAUCUCAUGGGCCUUCCACUUUACGAACCACCAGAAUGCAGAAGAGCCUGAGGAAAUUUGGCCGUUCACAGUCACAUUUACUAUGUCCCUCAUUGCUCUUGUGCCUCUAGAGAGAUCCCUCGAAUAUGGAGGCGACCAGAUCAGUCUGUAUUGCGGAAAAGAAAUCGGUGACCUGAUCAUCGUUACACUAAACAAUGCAGUUGAAGCGACUCUUGCCAUCAUCCUUCUAGUAAAAUGCGAACUACGCCUUCUCCAAGCAACAAUCAUCGGUGUGGUUCUCCUUCAUCUUCUUUUCGUCCCGGGGAUCGCGUUCAUCAUCGGCGGAGCCAAGCUGAUCUAUCAAUCAUUAAAUCCACACUCGGCUCAGCUCAACCACAUUCUCCUUCUCAUGGGCGUCCUCACAUUGCUUCUCCCAACUGCGCUAUUUACCACGGUGGGAACAGCCUCCGCAAAUAGUACAACCGAUUCCAUCCGGGAAAUAGUUCUUAUGAUCAGCCAUGGUUCAGCCGUCAUACUUCUCGUAGUGUAUGCCUACUCCCGCGUAUUCUUAUAUAACCCCCCAGGCGAUGGAAACGCCUUUCGCCCACUCCCGGAUGCUCCUACUGCGUUUCUCGAAGAAGAACGAGCUUUGCUAAAUGAAGAACCUGAAGUCAACCAAUGGGUAUGCAUUGUUUUUUUGUUGGCUACAAUCGCAAUUAUGGCUCCAACUGCUGAGUGGCUAGUCGAUGGCGUCGAGAUUGUCAGAUCUAGUUCUGAAAUCCAAGAAGAAUGGUUUGGCCUUAUCCUCCUGCCCUUGUCAUCCUUUGCUGCCGAUGCAAUCCUCGCCCUAGGAUACUUCAUCCGAACCACAGUGCAAUAUAUCUUAGGAUGGAAGCGCCCACCGACGCGUGUCGCCAAAGCGCGUUCGAUAGAUGUAGCGAUACAGUUCAACCUCUUUUGGCUCCCAUUCAUCAUAUUACUGGGAUGGUGGUCAAAUCGCCCUAUGACGCUGCUCUUUGAUACGUUCGAGGUAUCCAUCCUCAUUGGCGCCUGUUUCCUUGUCAACUUCGUGACUGCUGAUGCAAAAACGAACUGGGCUGAAGGAGCCACGAUGGUUUCGUUUUAUGUUAUGAUUGCCCUGACUGCAUGGUUUUACACUGGGGACGAAAGGAUCACCGCAAUCCUUAGUUCGGGCCAAUGUUCGGAGUAA